AUAUAUAGGCUCCGGCGGGGUUGCGAGCUGCAGCUAAAUUUAGUCGGAGGCGGCACGCCGGAGGGUGCGCUGGGGCUUGGUGCAUCGCCCGUGCCCGCCGGUGGGGAUGUCAUGCGGGCUCCUCCAGCCGCGAUGGGCGACGCCAGCGAGGGACAGCCGGGCGGGACGUCUUCAGCACCACCAGAGUUGAAGGAGCUGCUCUGGGGCACCCGGCCCCACAGGUGCUAACAUGGCAAAAGAAAACUCGGCCUUCUCCACCAUCCCCGAGACCCCCGUAUCGGAACCGAAGGCGCCGAUCGCUUCCCGCCCGGUCAAAUCGGCGGCCCUGAAACGCCUGGGUGAGGAGCCCGAGAAGGCCGAGAAGAAACGAGGGCGCCAGCGGUACGUGGAGAAGGACGGCAAGUGCAACGUCCAGCAUGGCAACGUGCGGGAGACCUACCGCUACCUCACCGACAUCUUCACCACCCUGGUGGACCUGAAGUGGCGCUUCAGCCUGCUGGUCUUCAUCUUGGCCUAUGCCAUCACGUGGCUCUUCUUCGGCCUCAUCUGGUGGUUCAUCGCCUACUGCCGGGGCGACCUGGACCACCUCGAGGACAGUACCUGGACGCCUUGCGUCAACAACCUGAACGGAUUCGUCUCGGCCUUCCUCUUUUCCAUCGAGACGGAGACCACCAUCGGCUACGGGCACCGAGUCAUCACCGAUAAGUGCCCGGAGGGGAUCAUCUUGCUGCUGCUGCAGGCCAUCUUGGGCUCGAUGGUGAACGCCUUCAUGGUGGGCUGCAUGUUCGUCAAGAUCUCCCAGCCCAACAAGCGGGCGGAGACGCUGGUCUUCUCCACCCACGCGGUGAUCUCGCUGAGGGACGAUCGCCUGUGCCUCAUGUUCCGGGUGGGGGACCUGCGGAACUCCCACAUCGUGGAGGCCUCGAUCCGGGUCAAGCUGAUCAAGUCCAAGCAGACCCAGGAGGGGGAGUUCAUCCCCCUCAACCAGACAGACAUCAACGUGGGCUUCGAGACCGGCGACGACCGCCUCUUCCUGGUCUCCCCUCUCAUCAUCAGCCACGAAAUCAAUGAGCACAGCCCCUUCUGGGAGGUCUCCAAAGACCAGCUGGCGAAGGACGACUUUGAGAUCGUCGUCAUCUUGGAAGGGAUGGUGGAGGCCACAGGGAUGACGUGUCAAGCCCGGAGCUCCUACCUGAUGGAUGAGGUCCUCUGGGGCCACCGCUUCAUGUCUGUCCUCUCCUUGGAGGACGGCUUUUACGAGGUGGAUUACAACAGCUUCCAUCAGACCUUCGAGGUCCCCACGCCCAGCUGUAGUGCCCAGGAGAUGGCGGAGGCCACGGCUCGCAUGGACGCCCACCUCUAUUGGUCCAUCCCGAGCCAGCUGGAUGAGAAGGCGGAGGAAGGGGGCAAAGAGAGGAACGGUAACCUCGCCAGCACCGAGAGCGAAUCCAAGGUCUAAACAGGAGGUGGACAAAGCCGGCCUUGGAUCGGAAGCCAGCCCAGUUCGUGCCAAGGAAGGAGGAGGUGGAGACGGGGAAGAAAAGGAGGGACGUGACCAAGAGAUCAAGCCAAGGGGUGACCAAGAGACUGGGGAUCUGGAGAGUUGAUGGACGGUCCUGGGUUUCAUAGCGGCCACUGCUCUGUUGCUGGGGAGAGCCGACGCAGAAGGGUUUCUUAAUGUGGAAGUUAUGAGGAUAUUCCUAAAACACCCACGCGUUACAUAUAUAUAUAUAUUUAUAUUUAUAUUUAUAUCUAUACAGAUAGGCAAUGGGCUUCGGCAAUAAAUAGGCAAAGGCGGGAUUUUAAGAGGGAGCCUGUAGAUUGCGGAAAGGCGUGAAGGGGUCAGUGAUGGGGGGACAGAGGAAUGGGGAGGAGACACAUAUGCAAUACAAAAAUUACUAGUAGGGCAAGUUUGGGGCAAUGUGGGGGCACAGGAGAGGAUGGACAGAAAAAGUGCAUCAAGGGCUCAGGUUAGGAGAAGGCUGCCACUUUUGGAAUCAUAGAAUUUUAGAGCUGGAAUGGAACCUUCCUAUGAGUUCUAGAAUCCUCAAACUCUAUGGCUCUAUUCUAUGAUUCUUCGGACCUUCAAGUUCGUCUAGUCUGACCCCUUGCCCUGUUCAUCACCCCUACCCCAUGCAGUGCUGGCCUCUUUGCCCACAUGCAUGCUGUUUCCUUCCAGCUGUGGGGCAGCCAAAAAGGUGAUCCCCACCACCUUGGCGUGAUGACCUCGGUGUGGUCAAGUCAACCGUCCAUCGUUGACUCUCUAGACGUGUCCUUCCAAUGGUCCUAUUCACACCGAAAGCUCUGAGAGGCCUUCAGAACACCUGAUGGAUGAGGGAGGUGAGUUUGAGGCACAUUUUGAAGUCUCCACAAGAUUCACAGCCCUUAAUAUCCAUCCCUUCUUUAAAAAGGGGGUUUAAUGCCCAAUGCCACAUAAUCACAGGGAGAAAAGCGUUUACAUGGAUCGGCCUUAAAAUAGGCAUUCCUCUGACUUGGAUUGUUGGACAGCUCCUCACUUGGGCAGAUUCAGGAGUGGCUUGACCCUUUCUGAGCUGAAUUGGGGGCGGGGGCAAACAAAGACCAGAGACGGCACCUACAGCCGCAAACUGGGUGGUAAACUGUUUGGAGAAAUAUAUUGACCGAUUAAAAAAUAUCAGUGAAAGAUAUCAGUCCGUCAGCUGAAAUAUCAGUCUGUCAACUGAAACUCAUGCAAUUAACCCGUUGAUACAAUCUACUACAGGAACCUGCCUCUGAGAAAAAUAAUCAUUCUUAAAAGGGUAGACAUUAUUUCUGGGGAAAGAUGUCAACAUCCUACUCUUCCCCGCUCCCCUGGCACUAGGGUGGGUUCCUGAAGUCCGCUCCCCCCCCCACUGCUGAGUGGGGCUCCCCACUUUUGUUUCUGCUAGCUGGGAUCCAGAGACUGAAGUCAGAGGAUUCACAGCCACCAAUCUCCCUUGCACCAUUCCCGAUUUAAAGAAAUGAAUAAAACAUUUCCGGCCUGUUCCUCUCCUGACCCUGUUUCUGCACCAUUCACGGAGACAGCACGAGGGGAGAUGAAUUAGCAGCCAGGUCAGUCGCUAGCCUUGCAUACUUUCCCCGAUCUCCAUCUUUCCUUUAGCAUGGGCCGAAUCCCACAUCACCAAAGCAGCUCCACUGAGCGCCUGGCUCUCCGAUACGAACUGACAAAGCUCGGGAUCAAGCCAGUUUCAUGGUUUGGUUGGGUGCAGCUGACCCUCCACGCCUGAUCUGACUGCUGCCUGCCUGGGCCCAACUCGUGGCAAGGUUGACAUUCUAGCCUGGACUCGGCUCAGGAGGCAGCGGCCAAGGGGAAGGGAACAAAUUGAUAAGACGGCAGAGCAAGUCGGUUGGAUAGCCCUCAAAAUGGUGGUGACAUGCAUUAUUUUCCUUCUUCUCACAGUUCCUGAAUCUUGCACAAUCUCCUCACACAUGAGCAGUCUCUUCCUCCCUCUCCCUCUCCCUCUCCCUCUCCCUCUCUCUCAAUCUCUGUCUUAAUAAAAAAAAGAGGUUUUGAAAUGGG